CACGAGUCAGCCAUCUUUCAAUUGUGCUCUCAGCCGCCGUCGCCCGCAGCAGCUUUAGCGCCUCCUCGCUCUUCCUCGCCUGCUCGGCAGCCGCGCUCAGCCUAAGCGGACGGGGGGAGUCUAAGGCUGCAUUUCGUGAUUGUUUCCAUUUUGUUGGGGAUGAGUUUGCCAGCGAGAGGCGCUUGGGAGCGAGGCAGCCUCAGCACUGGCAAUUGGGCAGGCAGGAGCAGCACCGAAAAACCUGACCCCCCAAAAGUGUAAGGAAGAGAAGUUCGCGGGAACAUGGCUCGUACCAAGCAAACUGCCCGUAAAUCCACCGGUGGGAAGGCGCCCAGGAAGCAACUGGCGACAAAAGCCGCUCGCAAGAGCGCGCCCUCUACUGGUGGGGUCAAGAAACCUCAUCGCUACAGGCCAGGUACUGUGGCUCUUCGUGAAAUCAGGCGUUAUCAGAAGUCAACCGAACUUCUGAUCCGCAAACUUCCUUUUCAGCGCCUGGUGCGUGAAAUUGCUCAGGACUUCAAAACAGAUCUGCGUUUCCAGAGUGCAGCUAUUGGUGCUUUGCAGGAGGCAAGUGAGGCCUACCUGGUUGGCCUGUUUGAAGACACCAACCUGUGUGCUAUUCACGCCAAACGUGUCACAAUCAUGCCAAAAGAUAUCCAACUAGCACGCCGCAUACGUGGAGAGCGUGCUUAAAUUCUUCUAAGAUGGAUUUGUCAUUCUCAAAACAAAAUAAAUCUCUUCUUCCUGUUAUUGGUAGUAAUGAACGUUAGAUAUUUUUUUCCAUGGGGUUAAAAGGUACCUAAGUAUAUGGUUGCAAAAAUGAAAAAAAAAAUAGAGGACAGAAUCGGGUAUUGGCAAGCUCUUUUUCAUUUUCAUUUGUGUGUGGAUUUUUAAUAUAAACGUG